UUUUUGUCAUAUCUACGCUUGGCUUAUGUCUCGUCUUUUAAAACUUUAACCCUCUCAUUCAUUUCGGUAUGACUGAAACAUGUCUUCUCACCUUAAGGGAAAUGAAAGUGCAGAGUGUGCAUAUGCAUCUCUGCAGCAAUUAUAUUCUACGAUCAAUUAAAACUACUGGAGUCAAAAGAAGCACUUUAAUCUUUUCCCAAAUACAUGAUUUGUUAGGUAAACUUUGGAAUUCUUUGUGUUGAUGUCUGUGAUACCAUAUGGACAUGAAAUUGUUCUUUGGAGUUACUGUUCUUACUUUACAUUCCAUUAUUGUCCAACCAUUUGAAAAAUGGUUGAUGCAGGGCCGGUUCGAGAUAAUCUCUCUAUCAGGUUCAUUUUUACUUACAGAGAGUGGUGGCACCCGCAGCAGAACUGGUGGAUUGAGUGUGUCAUUGGCAGGAUCAGAUGGUCGAGUUUUGGGUGGUGGAGUGGCAGGAAUGCUAAUGGCAGCAACACCUGUGCAGGUUGUCGUCGGCAGCUUUAUUGCAGAUGGGAAAAAGCCWAAGUCAGAUAUGUUGAAAAGGGAGCCUACCUCAGCAUCACCGAUGGUAGGCUUGGGGGCACCGGUUGCCACAGGCAGCCCUCCCUCUCAAGGAACCUCAAGUGAGUCUUCUGAUGAGCCUGGUAGUCCCCUUAACCGGGGCUCUGUACCCUGCAACAAUAGUGGUCAGUCCUUUCAAGGCAUGUCGGCAUACUCAUCUAUUGGCUGGGGAACUUCUCACUCUGCAAAUCCCUAGACAUGACACCAACAUGAAGAUGCAUCCUGCUUGACUAUGUUUCAAGGGGUGCGGAGGUGGAUGCUGGUGGCUCUCUGCUCCUAAAGGUCUAGCACUAAUAUUUGAGUUGUGGAUGCAUAAUCACCUCAGAGUGGAGCAUGUCCCCGUAAGGACAU